AUGCCACCACCCCAUGCCCUUCCUUCCCCUCUGCGUGUCCUCAUCCUGCUCUCCGCUCCCCCUUGGCAGGAUGCAGCGACACAGUACCGCCUCUCCUCUCUCCGCCUCGAGUUCUUCCUCAACACGUGCGACCACCCCAUGUCGUUCCCCUUCUCCCUGCCCUCCCCCAUGCCCCCUGUCCAAUCCACCUUUUCUGCAGGACGCAAUACGAUCGACAUUCCUGUCCCGGACCCACUUGACUUGACUGGGCCCUACACGCCUGAUCUAUCCACUCAGAUUCUCUGGGAGAAGAAGGAAGCACGGGCAGUUUUCCGAGGAAAAACAACAAACUACGAGCUCCUACCAGCAGGCAACUGGGGCGCCAACCCGCGCAUCCGCCUGCACCUCAUGUCCCCUGCGGCUCCCCACCUGAUGGAUGCGCGCAUCAACGCGUGGUCCAAGGCGGAGCAGCGUGUGAUCAAAAGGAUGGUAAAGGACGGGGUGCGACUCGCCAGGAAGAUGAACUUCCAGCAGUUCAACACGUUCAAGUACCAGAUAGUGGCAGAUGGGGGGGGAGGCAGUUGUCGCACGUGUGGGGUGCUGCGAUCCAAUCAGCUCAUCAUAAGGCAGCACACUCCCAUGCUGCAGUUUUACGAGCCUCUGCUGCAAGAUCGGGUGCACUGGCUCGCCACCUCCCGAACCUUCUCAGACCUACACGAGGCGAUCAUAUGGGCACAGCAGCACGACAAGGCAGUGCUAAGGAUGGUGGAGGCUGGCAGAUCAACCCACUCUCCUCCCUCCCUUCUCUUCCUCCUGUGUAAACGCUUUGCACCCGUUUGA